AUGGCAGCACUACUUGCUUUGUUCUUGUUGGAGAUUCGACUGGCUGGAGGGUUCCUUCCUUCUUCCAACACUUGCUACUCCACCUGGGCUUCUGGCAAAAACUUCACCGUUGGUGAUGUUCUAGUCUUCAACUUUGCUACCGGAGCACAUGAUGUGGCUAUAGUGACAGAGGAUGCUUGUGAGAACUGCAACACAGCAAACCCCAUCAACCAAACAAACACCGGACCGGCAAGAAUCACCCUCACCAAUGACACUGACAACUACUUCAUUUGCACCACUGCGCCGGCGGACAGAAAUUGGAGGUUGAUGUCGAUGCAACAACCAACCCUGCCCCACCCUCACCCUCACCCAGCUCACCACCCGGCACUGCACCCCCACCAUCGCCUUCCAGUGCGGCCUCCUCUCUUGUUGCUGCACUCUUCGUCUCCUUGUCGUCCAUAGCCAUCAGUUUCUUGUAUUGAUUAGUUUAUUUACAAAUUACGACUCCUUAAACAGAGUAAUGAAGAAAAAUUCCACACCAAAAAUAAUACAUCAUUUCAGCUGCAGCAAACUGUAAACGGAUUCAAUACUUGUAUUCAAUUACAAUAUGAAUAUGAUUGCGAACCAAUAAAGAAACAAGUUUGAAUACAACGGUCACCAAUCAAUAAAUAAAUAAUAUAAGAAUAGAUUUGUAUGAUUGGAGUUUAAAAACCUUGACUGAGCUGGGCAGAGAUGCUGUUUGAAGAACCAGAACCAGAACCAGACAUUCAUUCUAACAUCCCCUGAAGCUGAUCAUGAUAAUUACUCAACAUGCAUCUUCAGCUUGCUAAUCAGAUACUUUAGACGUUGAAGUGAGUGGGGUUUAUAUACUGUCUUUUGUUCAUCCAGGAAACGUUCUUCUAAUAAUAAUUUUAAUGUGUCCCAUAGCAUGAUCUUGCAAUAUCAGUGACGCGCAAUGAGUGCGUGGUGCUAAAUUAGCGCAGCAGGGAUAUAUAUGAAGGGACUCGACAUCUAUCAUUCUUUCAAAAAGUUAAACAGCUUGAAUUGUUUUGAAUUCCCAAUCCUAAUA